AUGUUAAAAUUGAAAAUAACUGUUGGAUCUUCAUAUGAUCCGUCUACACACUCUAUUUUCCUUCCUAAUGAUGACGCGAACCCUUUCUUUAUUGAUACGGAAUAUUUCACAGGAAGAAUUUGUAUUCGUGUUAAAGAUUUUCAAGGUGUAACUCCACCUGGAAAAAAAAAACUAUCUUUAAGUCCUUAUUUUGAUGGAAAUAAUUAUCAAUAUUCUAUACAAAUUCAAGGAAGGUUUAAAGGGAACAAAUGGACAGCUGAUGAUAUUCUCUUUGGGAAUGAUUUUGAUCGCAAGAUUGAUUUACCUGCCAUCAGUUGGUUGGGAUUGAGAAUAAUGAAAUGGGUCGAUCCUUGUUUAGAAGCUGAUAUUUAUUCUGAUAUACCUUGGGCAUAUAGUCCGUUGCUUUUUACUAUUAAUUCUGCUCGUGCUAUUCAAGAUUCAAAUGAGAAUAAUGAUUUACCUCCAUGGCCUUCUCCGAACGGUGAACAUAUUAAGGAGGAUAUUAUUUAUGAUCCUAACUUUGGAUCCCCGGUUUCCACCGAUGCAACUUCACGCAAACAAUAUUUUUCUUCAAAAGAAAGUCGUGUGAAUUUUAAAAUUACAGAGAAUCAAGUUUGGGACCUUGAUUUUUUUAAUUCGUAUAUAGAUUUCAAUAAGAUCGCAGUGAAGUUGCCUGGACUUGAAAUCGGUAUAUUACAGUAUUGGGAUGGUCAAACACGUGACUCUUCCGUGGUUUUCUUUGUUAUAUUAUUUCAAUUGGUAGAAGUUAACAAUGAAAUAAAUGAAAAGAAUUUUAUUGAAAAUAAUGACAAAUUGAUGCCCGAAGGGAUUAAGAUGGAAAAAAAUGCAUUGUCUACACCAAUAACUGACAAACUUCGACAAAACUACCAAGGAAAUUUAACACCAAAAUCUACCGCAAGGUGGGCUUCAGUUAAGUCACCAUCAUCAAAGAAUCAUUUAACUCCAUCUGUUGCACCACCAUCCGAAUCGAACAUUCCUUCAGGUGAUGAAAGAACUAGUGAGGAUGAUGAAUUUGAUUACGAACUAUCAGCUGUUGAUUGA